AUGAUUGUUUAUUUAUUUAUUGAUUCUAAACGAUUGUAAUUUAAAAUGCUGUUACAAAUGCACCGCUGUGAACCAUUUUUCAACUAAUUUGUCCCGUGUAUUUCCGUAUAGGUGGCCAAUAAAAUAUACGCAGUGUCGACAAAUUUCACGUAUCAUUGAAGAUGAUCCGGUCUAAUCGUCUUAAUUAAUUAUACAAUUCAGUUUGUGUGUAACCUUGCCUACGCAAGAUCAGCCAUGGCUGUAGUUAAAACACCAGUUCUUAAAGUAAUAUUAUGUGGCGAAUACGGUGUUGGGAAGAGUUCUAUAUUUCGACGAUUUAUCAAUGACACCUUUGUUCCUAACGCAGACAGGAGAGCUACUUUGGGACUCGAUCAUUUUGAAAAAAAUUAUCAGGUUGGAGACAAAGAAAUCAAGUUACAGUUAUGGGAUACUGGAGGCAUGGAGAGAAUAGCAUCUGUUACGUCCAGCUACUAUAAAUUUGCGGAAGCUGCCAUCUUAGUGUUCUCCCUGGACAAUUCUUCAUCAUUCCAUGUACUGAGUCAGCACUUGCUGGAUAUUGUGACAUAUGCUGAAAACGCCAAAAUAUUUUUGUGUGGAAACAAAUCUGAUCUUGAAGGAACAUCUCCACAGGUUACUGAUGCGGACAUAGAAACAUUCUGUGAACAAUGUCACAAUCUCAUAAACACCACAUACAAGACAUCAUGUAAGAAUGGAAAAGGCAUUGAAGAAAUGUUUUCUGACAUUGCUUUACAAUUGGUGGAAUCAAACAGAUCGAGGAUUGAGUUGCAGACCUUAGAUCAUGAUAGCUUUAAGAUAUCAAACCCCGAACCACCUGAAGAUCCCAGCUGCAGUUGCUGAAGCUAUUAAACUUAAGCAUUUACUUACCACUUAAGUAAUUAUUCCCUGUUGUUUUCAAAUCUACAAAAUCACCUUAAUUACUUUUGCUUUGUGAAUUGACAGUGUAAUUUAUGUGUGUUUGUAUCCUGUAUAAUAUUUAGGUUCAUU